UCAGCUCUGGCUUAUGGUGGUGCAGGGGAUUGAAUUUCGGACCUCACAAUCUCAGACAUGGGAUGGAAGUCUUUUGUGUAACCACUAUGCUAUCUCCCUAGCCCAACAGCAAUCACAGAAAGCAGUUUUCUAAAGCUUCCACCAAAAAAUAGUUGUUGAUGAUGGGAGCAAGGCCAUUGGCAUUCUAUUUAUUUGUUAGACUUUUACUUGACCAGCUUCAAGAGCUAAACUUUUUUUUUUUAAGUAAUUUUUUAUUUAUAGAAUCACUCGCUUUUAAUAGGCUAUAAUGAAUUUGAAAAUUCUGCUGUGUAGCAGAUUUAUUCAGAGCACUGACUAUGACAUGCAUACAUUGAUUUUAAAAUUUAAAGUGGUUGUUAUAAUUUAUACAUCUUUAAAAUAUGUUUUCAGUGGUGAAUGAUAAUAAAUAUUUAUAGUAUAAAGCAUUUGCCUAUCACAGCUUAAUGACCUUUCACAUCUAAUGCUUAAAACCUCUUUUAGAGGCAGGACAAACAAAAUAAUUUACUAUAUAAUAAACAGUUUUCAAGGUUUUAUGCUUACUUCAGAAUGUCUAUUCUGGGAUAUCAAACACAUUACAGCCAGAUACACUGAGUUUGCUAUUUUUGAAGUCUUAAGAUAGGAUAGUCUUUUUUUCAGAUAAAAUUGAAAGUAUUUUUCCCAUAAUUGGGGGUUUACAGUGGAGAAAUGGAGAAUAAAGAUGCAUUGAGGUUAAUUAUUUGUGAACUCUAUUCUUAUCUACUGAUCUGCAAAGGGAUUGUGAGCCCAAAAUUGGAGAACAAGGUAGGAAAAGAGCUGUGGUUUAGUUCUUCAUGCCAUUUUCACUAGUAAAACUGCAUGGGAAAAAAGAAAUCAGGUAGAAGGGUUAUUAAAUUGUAAUAUCAAUUCAGAAAAUUAGACCACCACCAACAUAGGAUCUUGGUAUGUUCUAGCUUGUUACUGAAUUUGAAUUAAGAAAUUAUCAGUGCUACCUUGUUGGAACCUUGCUAUAUUCCCAUAGAUUUUUUUUUUUAAAGAGAAAUCUUGAGUAACUGUUAUACAUUCAGUGUAGCAAGCGUGUAAAAGUUCUGUUUUGUUUAUUUUACUUAGUAGAGAUGAAUAGAUGCACAUUUAUUGCAAGAGCUUCUAAGUAUUUUUAAUGUUACCAUUUUGAAACAAAAUUAUACUAAUUUUUAACUUAAAUUCAGUAAUUUAAUUUUUUUUUUUUUUUUGCUGUAGGAUAGUUACAUUUCAGAACACUCACCUAAAAUAGCUGGUAUUUGGAAAACAUUCUAGUACACAUUUUUCAUGAAUUUAUGGAUCUUGAAGAAUGUCAGUGAGCUGUUAAAGAUCUGAUUAUGCACUGCAAAUUAAAUAGUGUAUUUGUGUUCAAGGAAAGAUUAAAAAAAAAAAAGAGUUUGAAAUAAACCAAAGGAAAGCAUUGUAGUGGAGCAGGUCCUGUAUGCCAGAAGCAGUCGUCUGUUUACUUCCUUGACUGCAUUCUUCCUUGUUGGGGAAACAGCAUUGUGAAGGAAAUAGAAGAUGCUAGACAACAUUCCCAAGAAAUUUUUUUUUUCCCCAUUUGCUGUUUCAUUUUUAAAAAAUAAUUCAGAUAGUCUUGUGAAUAGAUCCUAAACUGUAUAUAAAUAAGGUGUGAUGUGUAGUAGUUUGAUAAUAUGGUAAGCAUUAGCUAUUGUUAAGGAAACAUCCUUGCAUUCUAGUUGUCUAUAUUAAUGACUGUUGUUGCGUGUAUCUCAGAUUUCUUUUUAUAAAUGUUAACACUUAGAGAAUAAUAAGGUCAAACAUAACUGGGUUGUCAACCUAAUCAUCAGUCAUAACUUUAUGUCCACAUUUUCUGGUAGAUGGAUUUUGACUAUUAAUUUGGUUUUGUAUGUUUUCUCUAUGUGAUAUUUGUGCAUUAUUAGAUGACUAGACUGGCCAAGGCAGACCUGUUACACUUGCCUGAGUUAGGCAUUGUUUGCCAUGCCACUAAACCUGCCGCCAAGUGAAACCUUCAUUGGGGAAAUGAGAUCGGAGUCUGAACCGCAGAAGAUGGACGCCCUGUCUCUGUUUUUUAUUGUUUUACUUUAAUUUUAUUUCUUUUUCUUUAUUUUGUCCCUUUUAUUGUUUUUGUUUUUGUUUUGUUAAAUCUCUUUCACUUUAACUUGUGAGCUGGUUUUCCAGUUCUUUGUAAAUGGUAUUCCAUUAAGGGUUUAUAACAUUGUAAUACAAAUUAUAUUGGGAAAUGACUAACAAAGUUCAAGUUUAAGACAAAAUGAACCCUCAUGAAAUAAAAAUUAGGAUGUAGUAUUAUGAAACCCAAUAUGAAUUUAAUUGGUGCUUAUAGGAUGAAAAGGUACAUUUUGUUCUUAAAACAUUAAACACUGAUAUGAGUCUUAAGAGCACCUUCUGAUCUCAGUGCAACAUUUUGGGAGUUUUUUUUUUCCCUCACUAUUGCAUUUUUCACAAGAACCAGUUGAGGGAUUGAUAGAUAGUCAUCUGAGAGAGUGCCUACUUAGCCAUAGUUUCAAGCCCCUGGUACACAGAAAUACCAGUGCAGCACGGGAAAGCAUUGUGGCUGUGGUCUUUCUUUUUGGAAGGAGGGUUUGAAGAAAGAAAAAUGCCUUCUAGUUUUUAUCCUUCCCCUUAAAAUUUUAGGCAUACAAAAUCAACAAGGAAAAUAAGUAGAUUUCUUAUAGCAGACUGAGGGUGGCAAAUAGAAGAGGCUUGCUUUUAUGAUGAUUUUUUUUCUUACUUCCUUGAUUUAUACCUUGUUGCCUACAUGGGGAAUGGAUAUUUGAGAAGUAUUGACUACUUGUGUUUCUUUGAAGAUUUUUGUUCUUGUUGAGAACAUUUUUCUGAGGUUACAAACAUUUUCAUGGAUUCUGAGAUCAAAGACUCGUACUUUCAUGUUAAUACUCUUGAGAGAUUUUUUUUUUUUUUCCUGAGUUGUAUUUGAGAUGUAUAGUUUGGGGAAAAUGCUAAAUGCUCAUUAUUAUCAUGUUUCAAAUACAUUUUGAUAGUAUUUAAAGGGUAAACUUAGUAAAAUUCUACCUUGGAAAUUAAGCAGUGGAACUUUUUUCUUAAAGUAUCUUUAUUGAUACUAGAAUAAAAAAAUGCUGUGCUUACAGUUAGACUUAAUAUUUAUAAUAGUUUAUUACUACUGUGAGAGACAGUAAGGACCAGACAGUCUACCUUUUUGAAGUCAACUUUGGAAGACUAUUAAGCUUAUAACCUUAAUGUAGUCUUUCUACACUCCUCUAUAGUAGUUUUGCUAGUUUAAUUGACAAAUAAUAUUGUAUUGGGGAUAUUGCUAGAUUGGAAUGCCUGAUUUACAUUUUAGAUGCAUAAAAUAGGGUCUGUAUCUCAGGACCUCAGUUAUUUUUAUCAACAUAUGUUUAGGGUUUUAUAAACAUUAAGAAAUAAUAACCUAUUUAUAAUAGACAAAGUAUAGUGCAUAUUUGGGUAUACAGAUAAGUGUUAAUACUAGUAUGUAAAAAAUAUAAAAUAGUUUGGUGUCUCAGUAAGGCCUGCCUACUUUUUAUUUAUUAUUAUGCAUGUUUAAAAAUCCGUGUGCAGAAGAAAACAAAAUAAAUUUCUUUUGAUUAUGAUGUUACAAAGCUUAGAAAAAAUUAGACAUUUGUUAAAUCUAAUAAAAUGUAAUUUUAAUUUUUAUAAAUAAUGUGUAGCUAUUAUUUAAAUGAAGUUUUAAAAUCCAUCUGUGGUUAGAAGUGUAUUUAGAUUAUAUUGUUUAGAGAUUUUUACCUACACAUCUGGUUGUAUAAAUGGAAUUUUGAUCACAAAAAACCCAGCAUGGAUUUACUCCAUUUUCAGUUCAGCAUAUACAUUGUAUAUUUUAAAUUACUUUUGAAGAAUUCAUAAUGAAAGUGUGUAGCCAAUUAGCACAUACAUAGAACAGUUCUUAAGUAGUUACACAGACAGUUUUUAAAGAAAUAUUUUGGAGAAAAGAUGGGUAAGAUACAGGCGGUCCAAAUAAAAUGUAUGAAAGUUGCAGUCUUCGUUAAAUUGAUUAGAAACUAAUAAUUAGAUGUAGAGUGUAUGUACUUAUUUCAGUAAUUUUUUUAAAUUUGUAGUCAUAGAGAUUUUUUUCCCCUUUUUAGUGUUUUAGGGAUUGAUUUAGUGACAUAAUUAUUUAAUAUUAGUUAAAGUGUCACAAAGAUGCCUUACUUUUUAUCAUGCCUCUUCAGAUAAGUUUACCCAAAUUAGUUUCUAGAGCCUAGGACCUUUUUGUGCUUACAUUUUCAAAACAUUUUUUUUGGAGCUGAAUUCUCUAUGCAUCUCUGGUAUUGGUGAGAUGCUUAUUAACUGAAUGGGUGUAGGCAUUCAUUUAAAUAGAUUACAUGUGAUAGACUUUUCCCCUGUGUACUUAAAAUUGGUGGGAAUAUAUUGGAAGACUAUUAAAAUUGUUUGCAUCACAAGUAGGUAGUUUGAGUAACAGUAGAGGAGCACUCAGUAAGAGACAAAUUUCAAUUUGCACAUAUUUGUUUUUUCUUUUUCUUUUUUUGACUAAUUUGGUUAUUUGCCAUUUCUGGGGAUUAAACUUUAAAAAAUGUUCUUCUUUUCUGUAUCUGAUGUUCUGUGUGCUAUUAGUGAUGCAGCCAACACGAACGGUUGUCAUGUGUAACACAACUUUCGAUCACCGCGAAAACACCGUCCUGGGAAAGCGUCCAUGCUUGAUAUCGUUUGGUUCAUGAACAUUAAGUUUCCAGUACAGGUAAAAUCCCAGAGGAAUCCAAAGCCCUCUCUUUAUUGGCUCCUGCGCCAACCAUGACAAGUCUGAUGCCUGGUGCAGGCUUGCUUCCCAUACCAGCCCCAAAUCCCUUGACAACACUGGGUGUUUCACUUAGCAGUUUGGGUGCUAUUCCAGCAGCAGCACUAGACCCCAGUAUUGCGGCACUGGGAGAGAUGCCCCAGCCUCCACUUAUGGGGAAUGUUGAUCCUUCUAAAAUCGAUGAAAUCAGGAGAACAGUCUACGUUGGCAAUUUGAAUUCCCAGACAACAACAGCUGAUCAACUACUUGAAUUUUUUAAACAAGUUGGGGAAGUGAAGUUUGUGCGAAUGGCAGGUGAUGAGACUCAGCCGACUCGGUUUGCUUUUGUGGAAUUUGCAGACCAAAAUUCUGUCCCAAGGGCCCUUGCUUUUAAUGGAGUUAUGUUUGGAGACAGGCCACUGAAAAUAAAUCACUCCAACAAUGCAAUAGUAAAACCUCCUGAGAUGACACCUCAGGCUGCAGCUAAGGAAUUAGAAGAAGUAAUGAAGCGAGUACGAGAGGCUCAGUCAUUUAUCUCAGCAGCUAUUGAACCAGAGUCUGGAAAGAGCAAUGAAAGAAAAGGCGGUCGGUCUCGUUCCCACACUCGUUCAAAAUCCAGGUCUAGUUCAAAAUCUCAUUCUAAAAGGAAAAGAUCACAGUCAAAACACAGAGACAGACAGACAGAGAGACAGAGAGAGAGAGAAAAAGAAACCACGGCACCGAAGCUUCCUGGGUCACGCACAUGGCAAAGCAGCGCAAUAUCCAAGAAUAGGUCCCAUAAUGGAUCACAUUCAAGACAAAAAGAUAGACGAAGAUCUAAAAGCCCACAUAAAAAACGUUCCAAAUCAAGGGAAAGAAGAAAGUCAAAGAGCCGUUCACGUUCAAAGGACAAGAGAAAAGACACCCGAGAAAAGGUCAAAGAAAAGGAAAAAGUGAAAGAAAAGGAAAGGGGAAAAGAGAGAGAGAGGGGAAAAGAACGGGGUAAAAAUAAAGAUAGAGAAAAGGACCGGGAAAAAGACAAGGAGAAGGACAAAGACAGAGAACGGGAAAAAGAGCAUGAAAAGGACCGUGAGAAAGAGAAGGAAAAGGAGGACAAAGAAAAAGAACGAGAAAAGGAUAGAUCCAAAGAAACAGAUGAGAAAAGAAAAGACAAGAAAUCCAGAACACCACCAAGAGGUUAUAAUGCAUCAAGAAGAUCCCGUAGCUCCAGCAGGGAAAGGCGAAGGAGGAGGAGCAGGAGCACUUCCAGAUCACCAAGAGCAUCAAAAGCCAUAAAAAGGAAGUCUUCUAGGUCUCCGUCACCUAGGAGCAGAGGUAAGAAGGAUAAAAAGAGAGAAAAAGGAAGAGACCACCACAACAGUGAAAGAAGAGAGAGAGAGCGCUCGGCUUCUACACGGAAGACUACUAAUGACAGAGAUGGGAAGGAGAAAAUCAAGAACAACACUUCACUUAAAGAGAAAGAGCAGCAACACAGUAAAGAACCAGAAUCAAGUGCUGGUAAAGAAGUAGAUGACAUGGAUGCACCCAGGACUGAGGAGAUAGAAGUACAGCACAAUGGGAAUUGUCAGCCAAAUGAAGAAAGUCUGUCUAGCAAAACAGAGGCAGUAUAGAAGUGGCAUGUGCACUUGGACAUCACACUGAAUAAAAUCCAAAGCUUUCAAUUCUCUCAACAAGAUGAGCAGUGAAGAAAUGCACUUGAGUGUACAAAUACAAGCUAACAGCUUUUCAAGUUGUUAGGUGGUUUUUGUGACCAUCUUGUAACUGAGUGAGAAAAUAAAAGCAUGGACAUCGUAAAAGUAACAGAUGUUACCCACACUCUUCAUUUUCUUAAAUCUGUGCGUUUCCAUGGUGGACAACACACUUGUCAUGUGGUUUCUUAAUGUUUGCCAAGAACCAUUGCAAAAUAAUGGGACAUCAAAGAUCCAAAUUGAUAUUGUCCAUAAAGGCUGGAGAUAAGCGUCGGAGACUCUUCAAAAAUAUGCUUGUUACUGAAUUUUGUAUUGUUUUACUUUUUAAAAGUUUUUCAAUAUAAAGAUUGAUGAUGUGCUUGAAAUUGGUACAGAUAUAUACACAACCUUGUAAGUACAGCAUAUGUAAGAUGUUUUAACAUUUCUUAACAGGAUUUAUAGUGAUUGUGUUAAAUUCUUACUAUUGUGUUUUAUUUUGCUUACUGUUUAGGACAAUAGUUCUUUAAAAUAUUUUACAGAUUAAUGUUGCUUAAAUAGGUGAAUUAAAAAACAGCAGACAAUGCAUGCUACUGUUCUCUUUUAAAAGGAAGAGCAGCUGUGUUGAAUAAUUAUUAGUAUUCAUUGUUUAGAAUCAUUGGGUCUCCCCCCACACACAAAGUAAGCAUUUCUUUUUGAACUUUCCUGACAUUUCCAAGCAUAUCACUAUGAAUAUUAUUACAGUGUGUGUUGUCAGUCGUAGGUGGGGAAGGCGCCAUUAUAAAAACACAGGAAAAAACUGGGUUUUCAAAAUGGGCUAUGGGAGCACAAGCUGAAGCUUUAGUGCCUUCUACAAUGUGGUAUACUGUUUUCUAGAAUUUUAUAUGUGCUAGUCAUUCUUUGUUCAUAUGAAAUUUAGACGGAUGUUCCAUUCGCUCCCAUAGAUGUGUGCAAAUGGUAUGUCAGAAGAGCUUCUUACUCACCUGAUAUGAUAGGAGUAUACUGCUGUUAAGAAUGACUUUAGAACGUAUAACAGUGCAGUUGUGGGACCAUCAGUUUUAUACUGUGAUAAUUGAAAAUGAAGCAUGUUCUUAAUUUACUUAAAGCAGAUCCUUUGGUUGUCUACAUUGGAUGGCUUUAACUAUUACCUCUCAAUCAUCCUUUCAUAAAUAUUGUGCAGAAAUUGUACUUAAAGGAGAAUAUGUGAGGUUUUAUGUUUAAGGAUAUGUUUACUUGUGUUAAAAAUACAGGUCAUCCAUUAUUGUUAGGCUCACUUACUAUAGAAAGCAUACAGGUAGUAAAAGGACAACAUUGCUAAUAGUUUCCUGAAAACAGUAACUCACAGCUUUAGAACUUUUCAUAAUUAUAUUUCAAAAGUUAAAUCUUUUAGUGUGUUACUACAAAAUCAAGUUAAUUAUUUUAAUGCAUUCUAAUACAAUCAAAUUUCUCAGUUGCCUUACCUCAUGAAAAGAGUUACUUAUAGAUUUAAAAAACUGAGUAGCCCAUCAGUUACUUGGUUUCACCUUGAGUUUUCUUUUAAUAUUAUUGAAAGUAUUUUGUGCAGAAUGGAAAGAGUUAUCCUUAUUGCAAGUAGUGAAGCCUGGUUUGAUUAUGAAGCUGCUUAAUUACUCUUCAUUUUUCAGAAUUACUGUGUUUCUCCCUCUCUUUGUCUCUGUAUAUUAAAAUUUUUGAAAAUGCUUUACUAUGUAAAGUAUAGAUGGUCAUUUUAAUCAUUCAACCACAUAUGGUUGACUGGUAAACAGCUUAUUCUGAUACAAGAAUGCUUGGGUAUAUUUGGAAAGAUUGUAAAGGAGUGUGUCUUUCAUCAACAGCUGUUUUAUUUAUAAUAUGUAAGUAGAAUAGAGAAGAUGUUUGAAUCUGUUAUUUUUUAGUACCAUUUCUCUAAUAAAGCUAAGUAUUUUAGAGGAAAUACUUGUUUAUGCAUUUCAAAAUAGCAUUAGUUUAUUACUUUUAGCUGGGAUAGAAAAUUGUUUUGCUAUGGAGCGUGCAUAUUUGUGUAUUGUCUCUAAAACAAUCAUUUAAAGUUUGUUUUCUUGUACUCUCGACACUUAUUAAAUGUUUUUUUAUGUUGAUAAUUCAUUAUUU